UUGGGAGCAGAAACAACUAACUGUAUAUAGACGCACUCGUAUAUAUAUUUAUAGAACUAUAAUGCUGGCACUAGGACGCCAUUGCAGUUUUUCUAUUUUCUAGCUAAGUGGUUUCGUUUCGUUUUAUGUACAUACAAGUUGUCAAUACUAAAAACAUUUCUACUAGAAUAUUGAGACAUCAUCAUGGGCAACCAAGAAUCUUCCUACACACAGUUCUACCUGUCACUAGGACCAACCAGGAUGUCUGAAGCCUUGAAGAUCCAGACCUCUAAAAAUGAACCAGUUGGGAAGGACAAUGCCAUGAUAGCCCUGUUGGUUAUUUGGGCGUUGUUAAUCAUAAUCUUUAACAUUUUUCUAUUAGUUUUAAUACCGGCUUAUUGGAAGCUUAGAUCUUCUGUAAAACAUCUUCUAAUCUUCAGUGCCGCUAUUGCGGAUCUGGUCAUGGGUAUUGUUGUCUGCCCAAUGAUAGCCGACCUGGCAGUUAACAGGAAGUUCGUCCACGGUUGCAGUGCGCAGAUGUCCCUUCAAGCCUUAAGUACGAUUAUUAUACCCUCGGUCACUACCUGGGCAGUUUUUCUUAUUAAUAUAAAUUAUAUUUUAAGAAUGACGUCGUAUUUUUACUGUGAGCAGACUCAACGUAUUGGUAUAGCUCUAUCGCUAGCUAUAGCCCCAUGGGUGCUGACCAUCAUUAUCACCAUACCGCAACUGGUUGCAUCCGUUGAUGAAAGGAAAUGUUCGCUGUUUUUCACUAGUGAAUCGGCUAGAAUCGCAAUCAUCCUCACCAGCUUUGCUCCUCAGUGCAUCGGCAUCUUCGUCACAUUUUUAGCUGCAUUUAUUAUGUAUAUGAUGCGGCGAGAUGAGCUGUGUCUGGACAUCGCUGGUGAACGUCUGCAAGCCCCUUCUGAUAUUUGCCUGGUUAGUUUCCUAACCGUACUGAUGUACACCUCCCAGGAACUCUUAUUACUUAACCGAGGAACUAAUCUGUGUUCAUCAAGGGUAGAAUGCGAGGCUCUUUUUUGGAUUAGCAUUAUCUCAACGUGGCAACACUUAGCUAAAUCGUUUGCUGUACCCAUGGCAUGGACAUUUUGUCAUCAGCUUAGGGAUGGUGUGAAAUAUUUGUGGGAAUUGGCAACAUGGAAUCAAAAGUUCUAAAAUAUGGAAACAGUUUUUGAUGUAUAUGACGCGCGAGUGCUUUAUCCUGGAACAAUAAAAAGAUUUAAUGGGAAUGGAAAAUGAAAAUAUAAACAGCGGACUGUUAAUGGUUUUAUAAAAGGCUUUGGGUUCAAGAACUCAACAAUCAUGGUGCAAUUAAAACACUUUGAAACAGGACAUGAGAUCAAGUUGCUUUGAUUGACUUAAUUUCAACAUUCUGGAAUUGUAUGAAGCUACUUUAGAUUAGCGAGUGUAUAGUUAGAUCGGGUCUUAUGGUUAAGUAUUAUUCAUGUUCGAGUUCUGACGGAAGGGUAGUAUGUCAAAGUAAGCAAGUCUACCUGUAACACAUCAGAGGGUGGAUUGACGGAAUUGCGAUCGAGUAACAUAUAAUUGAGUCUUGUCACAGUUCUGACAAUCCCGAAAUCAGAUGUGGUAUGAGUUGAAUUGUGACGCAAUUAAACGUUACAGAUAUGGUGAUUGGUCAAGAUAGUAUUAUAUUCAUAAUGCUCUAAGACUUGUUUCUGGGAAACGAAAGCAAAAGUAAAAAUGGCAUUUAGGAAAUGAACUGGAAAUACGCAGGAUGCCAUUCUAUUGAAACAUCUACUAUUCAUUACUGAUCGACUUUUCGACUAGGAUUUUCCAGUCAUUAACGAACAACGUAUGCGAUUGUAAAAACGAGGGGGCAUUACACUUAUGCAAACAUAAAUAACUACAACUUAGUAACAACAUACUAUGAUGAUUAGGGAAUUGUAGUCGAAACGUCUUCUGUAUUUAUAGUAUAAACGCUACUUCUACCACUAUAGGAUAAAUUACGAGAGAAAUGUCGUAGAAUGUCAAAUGCUAAAUAGAACUAGUAUUUCAUUUCAGAUUGGGUAUGAUUCACAAUUAGAAGAUAAAAGUUCCUCUUAUUUCACUCUAGAUAUUUAGAUUCUAAUGCUUGAUUGCCAUUGCUAUAUUCUCCCUGGUCUUGUAUAUCAUGUAGAAUGUGCCUGUAUAUCCUUGACUGGUCGAACAAUGGUCAAGUAAAUAGUAUAAUUUUGUUAGAGAUUUUAUUUGUUGUUUUAAUUAAUAGUUUAAGAACGAUUUAGUUUUAUGUAUUUUGUCAGUUACCGAUAUAUUCUUCGGAUUGUGACAUAGACUUAUUUUUCAAAUUGAAUUACAAGAUAUAUAUUUUUAAAAAGACUAAGCGCCUCAAUCAAAUAAAUUUUGUGUUGCAUUGUAAAUAUUCCGGUCCUUGUAAUUCUGAUUUUAAAUUUGUUUCAACUUUCAAGCUUAAUAACAUAUUUUGUGGAAUAUUAAAAAAUAGUAUAGGUUUCGGGUGUGUAUAAGUAUUCAGGAGUUAUUGCCCCUUAGUCUUAAAACCCGAAAUUUUCUGCACACAGGGCUACACUAGAGCACAAGAGUCCUCUGUUUAAAUAAUUUAGAGAUAUUCUAAUGAAAUGGAUUACAUGAUUUUGAGAUAUUCUAAUGAAAUGACUUACAUGAUAAUGAGAAAUUCUAAUGAAUGGCUUUCAUGAUUUUGAGAUAGUCUAAUGAAAUCACUUACAUGAUUUAGAUUAUUCUAUUGAAAUGACUUGUAUGAUUUAGAAAUAGUCUAUUAAAAUGUCUUAAAUGAUUUAGAGAUAAUUAUUCUAACGAGAUCAUUCAUUUCUAUUGGAGCCAUCUUAAUCCUACAUUUUGAAUUUUAUUUUCUUUGAUUAUUUGUUUUUAUUUAUUCAUAUCUGUUUAUUAUUUAUGUUAAUGUAUAUAUAUAUAUAUAUUAUAAUAUUUAUCUAUAGUUUAUUACUGGAAACAUACAUGAGGGGUGUGGAACUCAAUUCUCAAGAUCCUUAAUUUAGUUUUAACAGCGGUUAAUCUAAAAGCGUCAUCAAAAUGGGGAAUUUGGAGAACAAAAUCAAUAUUAUAAUGCUUGAAGAUGCUUGAAAAAUAUGAAAUAAUGUCUGGCUGGAAUAUAAUAUAAUUUAAUACAUAUUUUUCAAGCAAUUUUAUAAGUGUUUUAUUCAUUGCAAUUUUCAAUCCCUUCAUUUAUACUUCCAUAUUAAAACGAUUUAUGUGUGUAUUUUGUUGGUUAUUAAUAUAUUAAUUAUAAUUAGUUAUUUAUAUAGGGUAAUAUACACAAUGUUGUAUUAAUUGUUAUUAAUUAUGUAUAAUCAUUUAGUUUAUAUUAUAGUGUUAUAAAUAAUGGAAAUAAAAAUAUUCAGUCUAUUCUAGAUAACGUCAGAGGAAGAUAUUUCACACACAGUAUAUUAUAUCAACAACACCGCAAGCUCUCUUCUGAAUCUAAGCAUCCACAAUCGAUCCAUCCCCACUAUAACUUCUCCCACCCCCACUCCCACUCCCCUUGUAAGCUAAAUCUUACAUAAUAUAUCUUGUUUAGAGAAGCAGUUUAAACGUCGCAGUAAUGAAAGCAAAGUAAUUGUUAUUCCAUAUAGUUUUUUUUAUAAUUAUUUAAAUCUAACAAAAUAUAACUUAACCGUGAUACUGACAGCAGUUUUAAAACAAGACAGAUUGUAUGUAAAUGUAUAUCAUGGAUUAGUUAUCUUUUUGGCUCAUAAAUCGCCCACCUGUUCCCAAACUAAUGAUUAGGCUUUACAGGCAAGAUUUAUUGCCACCCCCUGUCUGUCUGCUCAAGAUAUCACAUUUAUUUUUAAAAUGUAUAUGUAUUGUUUACAUUAGAGAAUAUAAAUUAUUUCCUGUACCGUAAUUAAUUUCAGGGUUAUUGCCCUUGAUUACCUUGAAUAAUCUUAGAGCAAUAACAUAGUUGUAUUGCUAUUUUGAAAUGCAUUUUUGAUUCAAGAAAACACUUUAAUUCUGACAGUGUUACAUUACGGCCCGGAAACAAAUCUACUAGUAGUCGUAUGUUUUGUUACUCGUGUUUUAUUUCCAUUAUUACAGUUUAAAAGGCUUUAUAUUUCAUCAUAUUUUAUUGGGUAUAGAAUAAUAAAUCUGAGUUGCGCUCCAAAUUGCAAAAUUGUCUCAGGGGGUUUCACUCCUAAAUCUGUAAAGCAUACUUCUA